CGACUUGAUCAAUCGCCUUUAAUAUCUCGAGUCGUAUCAAGUGAUUUGAUAUCGAGGGUCAAGUGAAAAAACCAGUUACCAGUCCGACUCCUUCACCCACAUGGCUAUUACCUCAACGACACCUAUAUCGAUUCGAUUCGAUCCAUACGAUUUGACCCGAGUGGACAAUUCUCAUGAUUCACACACGAAUGGACGUCAAUGCGCCCAUCUCUCACACCAUCCUAGGCGUAAUGCCCGAGUAACAUUGCCCUUUCGCAAUUAAAAUCCCGAGAUGAACGUGAAUGAAAAAUAAAUUGUCCCGCGGAAACAGAAUUGUCCAGCCCGGAGGAAAGAGUUGUGUGAUAACAAAAGCAGUUGGAGUUGCCUCGGAUACCCUCCACUCGGUGAGAGCGAUGGGCACGAGGACAGACCUAGAGUGGGAAGACAAUAAAUAACGAAAUACCGAGGCAAUAUAUAUACUCGUGUACCUUCACGUGAAUUUCAGUUGUUACAUUGUUGACAAUGGGACUGCGGUGAAGUCGAAGUAUUUCAACACGUCCUGUUCACUCGAGCAGCUGAUAUGUACAAAAUUGUGUUGUUCCUGUUGACCCUCACCCCGAUAGAAUCGACCUUGCCCAGCAUUAGCAAUAUUUUUUUUGGCAAUGGAAGCACUGAGAAAAAUUUCGCAGCCCCAGGUGACUACAAAGUUUAUUGGAAUGUUCCUACAUUCAUGUGUCACAAGUAUGGAAUGAAUUUUGAAGAGGUCCAGAAUGAUUACGGAAUCAUUCAAAACAAGAAUGAUAAGUUCCGAGGGGAGAAAAUGGCCAUUAUAUACGAUCCGGGGUCGUUUCCGGCUAUUCUCAAGAGUUCUAACGGAUCGAUGUACCUGAGAAAUGGUGGAGUGCCCCAGGAGGGUGACCUCCAGAAGCACUUGGAUCUAUUCAAAAUCCACGUGAAUGAGCAAUUAUCCGAUAAUUUCGAGGGGGUGGCUGUGAUUGACUUCGAGAGCUGGCGGCCGAUUUACCGGCAAAACUGGGCGUCUCUGGCACCCUAUCGAGACCUUUCUGUGUCGAUCGAGCGGAAAAGACACCCCUGGUGGAGUGUCAAAAGCAUCAACGAGAUGGCCAUCAGGAGGUUCGAGGAAGCUGGAAGAAUUUUCAUGGAGGAAACGAUAAAAACGGCGAAAUUAUUGAGACCUAGGGCCUCCUGGGGGUAUUACGCCUAUCCGUAUUGCUUCAAUUUGACACCUCGGCAGAGAAAUUGGAAGUGCGACGAGAAUGUCAAAAAAGAUAAUGACCGGAUUUCCUGGUUGUGGAAGCUUGAGGAUAUUCUCUUCCCCUCGGUAUACAUCAGAUCAACGCUAACAGUCAACGAAAAAAAAGGAUUGAUUGUCGGAAGACUUCAGGAGUCUCGAAGGAUCAUCGAGAAAUAUUCCCUGUCUUCAGUCAUUUUACCGUACUUUUGGUAUAAGUAUCGCGAUAAUAGUAAUAAUUUUCUCUCGGAGAUUGAUGUAGAAGGUGUAUUCCAUGUCAUGGCGACAAAUGGAGCAGCCGGACAUGUAAUAUGGGGGAGUUCAAACGAUUUCACGUCCAAACAAAAGUGCGAGGAAUUUAGGAAUUACUUGAAGAAUAUCCUGGGACCUGCGGUAUUACAAGUAACAACAUUUUUCGCUGCACUCAACGACGAAGACAAGAAUCUACUUAUCAAUGAACAAAUUCCGUUAGAUGUAACCGAAAUAUAAAUGAAAAAUGAUAAAUGAAAAAUGAAUUAAUUAAUA